AAAUGGCAUUUACAAAUAAUUUUCACUUAAAACACAUAUUUUGUUUUGACAAUCUUUUAUUUUUUGCCAUUCUUUAUUUAUUGAGUUUCUUAUUUUUUCUAAAUUAUCUUGAUAUUAUUCAUUUCUUAAUAAUUCAUCUUAGCAAAUCUCCAAAAAAUAUAUACAUGUAUAUAUUUUUUUUUAAAAAAAAUACCUUUAAAAAUCUAUUAAAAUAAACCAACUUUAAAUCAAAAUCAUUAUUAAUUAAGAACAACUACUAAAAAAAUCCCAAAAUAACUUUUACAUUUGAAUUAUCUUUUCCAAAAAGUAUUUUUCUUAACUCGAAAUCAACCUAAGAUGGACUUAAACCUAACAAAAGCAAAAAAAAUUCUUAAAAACCAUUUUCUUUUUUAACAAUUUAAUACAUUUAGAAAUCUUAAGAUAUUUCUUACAUCAAACCAUCUUAUUUAGAUUUAAUAAUUCUUGAUUUUUCUUUUAAUUUUUAAUUAAAUUCAUUCUUCAUUUCUUCCCUGAUCUUAUCCUUAUUUUAAAAAUCUAAAAAGAAAGGCAUUUAGAAUUCAAUAUUAUCAUUAUUUUCUAAUUUAUUUCUUUCUUUGAUUUCAUCCAAAUUAAUUAAAGGAAUCCAUUUUCCAUUUUCAACAAUUGUAAAAGUAAUCAAGCUAUUGAAAUUAUUCUAAAACUCCCCACAUUCUAUUAAAUAUUUAUUAUUAUUUUCCAAAAGUUCAUCUUCUUUUUCUUCAUCAUCUAAAAAUCCAUAAAACCUUUAUCUUAAUCCUUCACCAUUUAUUUACCUUUUAAUAUCCGAAACAAAUUAAAUACCCACUUAUUAUUCAAAACUCGGCAAAUUAACAUCCAAGCAAUUGUGCCAGAUAUUAAUUUCCUUAGAUCCAGCGAAAAUACUUGCCAUAAAUUCACCAUUUAAAGGUUCAAAACUUAAACUAAUUACAGGUUUUUCCAUUAAAUAAUUUCCUAAUAUACAAUCACUUGCUAUAUCAUAUAUUUUAAUACUACAGUCCAUACUUGAAGAUACUAUAUAUUUAUUAUUAUGAGUAUACUAAGCAUCUAAAAUAGCCUAAGAAUGCAUUUUUAUAUCUCUCCCUUUUCUAAAACUUAACAAAUCAUAUGUUUAUAUCGAAAAAUCAGUCAAAGCAACCAAAAAAUGCUAAGAGAAAUUUCCUCCUCGAAUAAAAGACACGCUUCUGUUUUCAAAUUCGAUUUUUUAUAAUAAUUAUCUAGAAUAAAAGUCAAAUAUUUGCAUUGUAUUUUCACUAUCGCAUAUAACUGCAUGCUUAUUAUAAUGAUUUACAAAUAUAGAAGUCACACAAGAGCUCUAUUUUACACUUUCUAAUUAAAAAACACCCUAAUGAGCCCCUGAUUACAUAUUUAUUUUAACUACAAAUGGCGAAUUUACCCCUAACAACCCAAAAUUUCCACAUUUAGUGACAAAAACACAUGUAAU